AAAUCUUGGAAAAAAUGGAAAAAAAGGUAACAAGCAAUGAGACUGAGCCACUGACUUCCAAGAAAGAUGUCUCAGACUGUAAUGAAGAAGACUGUAAAGAGAAUGGACUUCUGGUCAGGGACCCUAAAUCUGCCCUACGGCUCGUGGAGGAUGGCAAUAAAGCCCAUCUCAGCCAGGGGAAUAAAGGGGAGGCAGCUCAGAUCUCAAAUGGUUAUUCAGGGGUUCAGAGCUCUGCUCCCUGCAGUGGAAUGGGGGAGGUGGAAGGUGCCCAGUGCACUGCCCCAGCAGCUACAACCACCACUACAACCACCACUUCUACCACCUGUGGAGCAGAAGGCCAGCAGCAGCUGAUGGAGUUAGAAGACAGAGAGACCUGGAGUAAAAAAAUUGACUUUCUUCUCUCUGUCAUUGGAUAUGCAGUGGAUCUGGGAAAUGUGUGGAGAUUUCCUUAUAUAUGCUAUCAAAACGGAGGAGGAGCAUUCCUCAUUCCUUACACAAUUAUGGCCAUCUUUGGAGGAAUUCCUCUCUUCUACAUGGAACUAGCACUAGGACAGUACCACAGGAAUGGAUGUAUUUCAAUUUGGAGAAAAAUAUGUCCUAUAUUCAAAGGGAUCGGCUUUGCCAUCUGUAUAAUAGAUCUUUACGUAGCCUCCUACUACAACACCAUCAUGGCUUGGGCCUUUUACUACCUCGUGUCGUCCUUCACGGCGGAGCUGCCCUGGACCAGCUGCACGAACGCCUGGAACACGGGCAACUGCACUGACCUGGGCAGGGCCAACGCCAGCUGGGCACCACACUCUGCCUCCCCCGCCGAGGAGUUUUACACCCGCCAAGUUCUACAAGUGCACAGGUCCAAUGGGCUGGAUAACCUGGGGGGCAUUAGCUGGCAACUGACCCUCUGUUUAUUUUUAAUCUUCACCAUUGUAUACUUCAGCAUCUGGAAAGGGGUCAAAACAUCUGGCAAGGUGGUAUGGGUGACUGCCACAUUCCCUUACAUCAUACUCUUCAUCCUGCUAGUGAGAGGUGCAACUCUGCCUGGGGCUUGGAAAGGUGUCAUCUACUACUUGAAACCUGACUGGCAGAAACUCCUGGCCACUGAGGUUUGGGUGGAUGCAGCAGCUCAGAUAUUUUUCUCCCUUGGUCCAGGUUUUGGGGUCCUGUUGGCUUAUGCCAGCUACAACAAAUUCCACAACAACUGCUACAAGGAUGCUCUGGUUACCAGUACCAUGAACUGCAUGACCAGCUUUGUGUCUGGAUUUGUCAUGUUCACUGUGCUGGGAUACAUGGCUGAGAUGAGGAAUGAAGACGUAUCAGAGGUUGCCAAAGACACUGGACCCAGCCUUCUCUUCAUCACGUAUGCUGAGGCCAUUGCAAACAUGCCUGCUUCCACUUUCUUUGCCAUCAUCUUUUUCCUGAUGCUGCUCACACUGGGACUGGACAGCACGUUUGCAGGACUAGAGGGGGUGAUUACUGGAGUACUGGAUGAAUUCCCACAUGUCUGGAGCAAAUGCAGGGAAUUGUUUGUCCUUGGUCUGACCAUCGUUUGCUUUUUGGGGUCACUAGCAACCCUGACAUUUGGAGGAGCGUACGUGGUGAAGCUGUUUGAGGAGUAUGCCACUGGUCCAGCUGUGCUGACCGUCGUGUUCCUGGAAGCUGUUGCUGUGGCCUGGUUCUAUGGCAUCACCCAGUUCUGCAACGAUCUGAAGGAAAUGUUGGGCUUUGCCCCAGGCUGGUUCUGGCGAGUUUGCUGGGCAGCAAUUAGUCCCAUCUUCCUUCUGUUUGUCACCUGCAGCUUUCUGUCCAACCCUCCUGAACUACGGCUUUUUGACUACCGCUAUCCCUACUGGACCACAGUAGUGGGUUACUGCAUAGGAACCUCUUCCAUCAUCUGUAUUCCCAUCUACAUGGUCUACCGCCUGAUCAUCACUCCAGGAACACUGAAGGAGCGUAUUCUGAAAAGCAUUACUCCAGAAACAGCUACAGAAAUCCCUUUUGGAGACAUCCGCAUGAACGCAGUAUAAGCUAACCUGUUUUGGGGGGGAGAGAGGGGGAGCACAGAAUGUAACUUUCCUCAUGCUCUCCCCCCCAAAAGAAUUACGUUUCCAGCUGAGACAACACGUGGAAGUUUUCUGUGGAGGCUGCAUAGCUGACGAUGGGCAUUUGG